UUACUUAGCCCAAAACAUGAAGACCAAACCUAGCUUCCGGAUACCAAAAGCUGGCCGGCAUUUGGCUGAGAAACAACGUCGGCAGAAACUGAAAGGUCUUUAUGGUCAGCUCGCCUCUCUCGUCGUCUCUGCUGAAACAUGUCUGGAAAAGGAAAAUUCACCGGCGUGGGACUUGUUGGAUCAAGCCAUUAAGUACGUAAAAAAACUAGAGAAAAACAUUAAUGAGCUGAAAGCAAGAAUGUAUAGUCUACAAGUACCAGUUGAAAUAGCCGUGAAAGAGAUUGACACAGGUGAUGAAACAUUAAUGGAGAUAAAUAUAGUGUGUGGAUCGGAGAACAAGAAGCUGAAGAUGCAUAAAGUCAUUUGGAUUCUUGAAGACGAAGGUGCAGAAGUUGUGAGUGCAAGCAUCUCCACUGUGGAUCUCAAGAUCUACCAUACAAUUCUUUGCAAGGCAUUUUUACCUCGACUUGGAAUGGAUGCCAUUAUGGUGCAACAACGCUUGGAAAACUUUAUUUCUGGCACAGGAUAA